UCUUUUCUCUCUCUAACAAAAAGUAAAAUAGAGAGAAACCCAUAUCACAUUACAUGACAAGUGACAACAAUCCCUCCUUAAAAAAAUAAAAAAUAAACAAUCCCUCCUAAGAAAAAAAACUAGUCAUUAUAUUAUCAAAAUACACUUGGCAACUGUUUGAUACAGUUGCACAACUCUUGUUUUACAGGUGUUAGAUCCUCUCAAUACUCAACACCUUUAAUCCAGUUAAAAGAAAAAAAAACAAAAAAAAACAGAGGGGUAUACAAAAAGAAUACAAUAAACCCAAAAAGAAAAAACCCCACUAAAAAUUCUUUGAUUAUUUGUAUCAUAGUUUCCCAUAAUUUAACAUUUUGGGUAAUACCCAAAAAUCCCAUCUUUUGUAAUUUUGGCUUUGUUUGAGAUUUGGGAUCAAACUGAAUUUGAUCAAAGUUUUGUAUUGUAGUUGAAGUGGAUUGCUUAUUUGUUGGAAUUUUGGGUUUUUGUUUUGUUUUGUUUUUUGGCUUAAGGCACUGUUUGGUGUUCUGUUGAAGAGACAAGAGAUUUUAGUGUUUUGUGUGUAUGGGAAUUUGGUAAAUGGUAUUGAGGGUCUUUUGAUUGGAAAAAGAUUGGAUUUUUAGUAGUUGAAGAGAAGUUUGGUGGAUUGCUUAUUUGUUGGGAUUUUGGUUUUUUUUUUUUUUUUGGUUUAAGGCACUGUUUGGUGUUCUGGUUGAAGAUACCAGAGAGAUUUUAGUGUUUUGUGUGUAUGGGAAUUUGGUGAAUGGUUUUGAGGGUCUUUUGAUUGGAGAAAGAUUGUAUUUUUAGUGAUUUGAGAGGAGUGGUGGGAGGUUUAUAGAGUUUGAAUAAAAAUGGUUAGUGGAACUUUGUUUCAUUAUAGAAAGAACUCAUGGCCACCUGAGGAGUAUAUUACUAGAGCAACUUUGCAAUUGUUUGAUUUUGAUAGUGCUGCACCACCAUCUCAAGCUUGGAGAAGGAAACUAAACAGCCGAUGUAGCAAGUUAAAAGAAUUUAGUGUCACAUUCACAGAGGCGAUAAAAAUGGUUCGGCUUGGUAUACGUCUAUGGUCAUAUGUAAGGGAAGAAGCAUCCUAUGGAAGGAGAGCUCCAAUUGAUCCAUUUACAAGAGAACGCUACAAACCAUCAGCAUCUCAGGGUGUUCCACUUGGAGGGAUGGGGAGUGGCAGCAUAUCCAGAGGCUUUAGAGGCGAGUUCCGGCACUUUCAGAUUCUUCCUGGAACAUGUGAGACUUCUCCAAUCAUGGCCAAUCAGUUCUCAAUUUUCAUAUCCCGGGAUGGAGGAAACAAAAAGUACGCAUCCGUUUUAUCUCCAGGAGAACAUGAAGGGCUAGGGAAGGCUAGUGAUCAUGGUAUAUCAUCAUGGGGCUGGAAUCUGAGUGGACAGCAUUCUACAUAUCAUGCACUCUUUCCUCGGGCUUGGACAGUAUAUGAUGGUGAACCAGACCCAGAACUGAAAGUUUCUUGCCGGCAAAUAUCACCGUUCAUCCCACAUGACUACCGCGAGAGCAGUCUUCCUACAUCAGUUUUUGUUUACACCUUGGCGAACACUGGGAAGGAAAGGGCACAAGUCAGCCUUCUUUUUACAUGGGCGAAUUCAAUUGGAGGCGUCUCACACCUAUCAGGAGAUCACGUGAACGAACCAUUUAUAAGUGAAGAUGGAGUCUCUGGCGUACUCCUACAUCACAAGACAAAAGAAAACCCUCCUGUUACUUUCGCUGUAGCUGCAUGCGAAACUCAGAAUGUCAGCGUUACUGUUUUACCUUGUUUUGGCCUGACUGAGGGUAGCUGUGUAACAGCAAAGGAUAUCUGGGGUAAAAUGGCGCAGGAUGGGCACUUUGAUCGAGAGAACUUCAGCAAAGGACCAAGCAUCCCAUCAUCACCUGGGGAGACACAUUGUGCUGCUGUUUCUGCCUCUGCAUGGGUUGAACCACAUGGAAAAUGUACCGUGGCAUUCGCUGUUGCUUGGUCAUCUCCUCAAGUCAAAUUCAUGAAAGGAAAGUCGUACCAUAGGCGGUACACAAGGUUUUAUGGAACCUCAGAAAGGGCUGCUGUAGAUUUGGUUCAUCAUUCAUUGACAAAUUAUAUGCUGUGGGAAGAAGAAAUCGAGAAAUGGCAAAAUCCUAUCCUUAAUGAUGAUAAGCUACCAGAAUGGUACAAGUUUACGCUGUUUAAUGAGCUGUAUUUUCUGGUGGCUGGUGGGACAGUAUGGAUUGACUCUGGAGUUCCUUCUUCAGACUCAGUUAGUACCAGAACCACGAGACCUAGCAAUGAAGUCAAAGUAACUAAAGUCAAAUCGAAUUAUAAAAAUGGUUUACAAGUGGAGCAGACUGCAUAUAAUGGUUAUGAGGAAGGCAACCAUCUCUCAAGUUCCGAUAAGUUUUCAGGGUCAAUUACUGACAGUGAUGAUGUGGGCAGGUUUCUAUACUUGGAAGGUGUAGAAUAUAUUAUGUGGUGUACAUAUGAUGUGCACUUCUAUGCCUCUUUUGCACUUCUUGCUUUAUUUCCUAAAAUUGAGCUCAGCAUUCAGCGGGAAUUUGCCAAAGCUGUCUUAUGUGAAGAUGGAAGAAAAGUGAAGUUUCUAGCAGAGGGUAAUUGGGGAAUACGGAAAGCGAGGGGAGCUAUUCCUCAUGAUCUUGGAAUGCAUGAUCCUUGGCACGAAAUGAAUGCCUAUAACAUACAUGAUACUAGUAAAUGGAAGGAUCUCAAUCCGAAAUUUGUGCUUCAGGUCUAUAGGGACUUUGCUGCAACUGGAGAUUUUUCCUUUGCUACAGAUGUCUGGCCUUCUGUAUGUGCUGCAAUUGAGUAUAUGGAUCAAUUUGAUCGUGACAAUGAUUGUCUAAUUGAAAAUGAUGGUUUCCCUGAUCAAACAUAUGAUACAUGGACGGUUCACGGAAUAAGUGCUUACUGUGGUGGUUUAUGGCUUGCUGCUCUUCAAGCUGCAGCUGCGAUGGCCAUGCAUGUCGGCGACUAUGCCUUUGCAGAAAAAUGCAAAGGCAAGUUGAUAAAAGCCAAGGCAGUAUAUGAGGAAAAAUUAUGGAAUGGCUCAUAUUUUAACUAUGACAGUGGAUCUAGUAGUAACAGUAAGUCAAUCCAGGCUGAUCAGCUAGCUGGACAGUGGUAUAUGGCAUCUUCUGGCUUGCCUGAUCUCUUCGAUGGUGUAAAGAUCAAGAGUACUCUUCAAAAAAUUUAUGACUUCAAUGUCAUGAAAGUUCGUGGAGGCAGAAUGGGUGCAGUAAAUGGAAUGCAUCCAAAUGGAAAGGUGGAUGAGACUUGCAUGCAAUCUCGUGAGAUAUGGACAGGUGUCACAUAUGGUGUGGCUGCCACCAUGCUUCAUGCUGGUAUGACAGAGCAGGCAUUCACUACAGCUGAAGGCAUAUUCACUGCGGGCUGGUCAGAGGAUGGCUAUGGAUACUCAUUUCAAACACCCGAAGGUUGGACCAUGGAUGGACAUUUUCGAUCUCUGAUAUAUAUGAGGCCCCUCUCAAUUUGGGGCAUGCAGUGGGCGUUAUCAAUGCCUAAGACAAUCCUUGAUGCCCCUAAGGUCAAUAUAAUGGACAGAAUUCAAGUGGCCCCCCACACUCCUCCGGAGACAGUUGUCCAGAAAAUAGCCGAAAAAGCAAAAUGUUUGAACAGUAAAAUUUUCAGCUGUUCUUGCUAAGGAGUUUCUUAGGUUUUAAACUUUUUUAGAAAUUCAUUCCCUUUUUCUGUCUACGGGAACAACAAAUGUGGCUGUUUGGCAAAUCUCUUAACACUGAAGAGCAGUAAAGAAAUCUGCAGUGCUAGAGUACUUGAUAGAGAGAUAAUGGGCGAAAGUUAGUAUCACAAUUUGGUUUUUGUUUAUUGAUGAGUUUAACUUUGUAAUAGGUUCAUCUCUUCUGUGUAUAUUGCAAGAUCAAUGUAAUAUUCUUGGUGCAUGGGUACAUAGGUGAAACUAAGUUCUUUAUAAUAUUUGGCUGAGACGGGUUUAAAUGGAGGCAA